AUGAUUGUCGGCACAAAAAGAGACGAUGUCAACAUCAACCACCAGGGUCCCGCGGAUGUCAUCUCAAGGCGGACAGGCCAUAGAGAGUUAUCCAGGUCGUUGAGCCGUCAGCCGAGCGAGGGCAAGCAGGAAAAUAUCCAACUUCAAGGAGAAACACUCGAAAAUCAACCACAAGAACAGGAACGAGACGAAGAGCAGUCGAAGCUGCAGGAACUCAGACCCGACGCCAGUGGCAGUCCACCCACACCGCGUUUUGUGGGAGACUUGAAUCCAGAGGCUCGACUGCUUGAUGAACACCAUUCCCCGGAAGAUGUGCAGGAGACAAAUCCUAGAAAAGUCGGGGUUUGGAUCCAGCCAGGACCAAACAACAAAUGUGGCAAUACUGAUAAUACGGGCUUUGCGCCAACACAAUACUCUUCUCCGAAGAGAGGGCUAGGUCGCUUGCAGUACCCCAUUUCAGACCUCCUGUCUGACAAUACUAUCAAAGUACUGUCGGGCUUUUACUUUGCCAACAUACAUCCGAUCAUCCCACUUCUCGAUGAAGAAGAGUACUGGCAGUCGCUUUCCCGGGGCACAAUUCCUAUGCCAUUAGUGCACGUUGUGUGUCUUUUGGCUGCCAAAGACAAUGGUGCCGAGAAACAUUUGAAGCUUCUUCAGUGUAGAGACACUCUCGUACCAGUGCGGAAAUUCUGCAACCAAUUGUAUGUCUCUCUCUCGACACUGUCUCGACAUACCAUGAAGAAAACAACCAUGAUGCGAGUCCUCGGUCUGCUCUCCCUGCACCAGGAAGGGAGCGAUGGAGUAGAGGAGGCCUCCGGCUGCAUCGCUCAGGCCAUACACUACGCCCAGUCACUGGCACUGCACUUGCCGCGUCCCAACGAUGGGGAUGGUGACUUGAAGAGAACCUUUUGGUGCCUUUGGACUCUAGAUCGACUGAAUGCCGCAACCAACUCGAGACCGUGCGUGAUGGCAGACAUGGACAUCGCAGUCUCUGAAUUGACACCUCAAGAGUCUGGAUUUGCUGCAUUCAACGUCUUGUUUCGAAUCGCCCAAAUGCUUAACAAGGUCAUCGGGCUCUACCGGCCCAAACUCGAAGAAGCUUACUCUGGGUGGGACUCGGAUUUUCCGGGGUUUGAGCACAUUAUGAACGAAAUGGACGCAUGGAGCCUUGAUCCCUCCACCAUCGCUACCUUGCACCUAUUUUUUCUCGCCACCUCGAUCCUCGCGCACCGCCUGAAAACCAUCACAACACUGCCCUCGCCCACCCCAGCAAGGUUGAGACAGCAGCUUUCCGCAAUCCAGGUCAUUCGUUACAUGCAAGACCCGAUCCGACGGGACGCAUUGCAUCCGUUCCCGAUUGUUGUUUAUGCAACGUCUCUCGCUUUGUCUGUUUCUUACCAGCAACUACGGUACAGUCGCAUAUUUAGCGACCAGGAGGAUGCUCGCCAGGAUUUCAACACGGGGUGUGAGGUCUUGCAAGAAUUGCGCCGAAAAUGGGGUUCUGCCGAUGCGAUGGCAGCCUUGGCAAAUAGAAUCUCUGGCGCAGUUGAUCAGCUACCAUGCCUUGAUAUACUUCGGGUACACCGAUCCGAUCGGAAAAAGAGUGAUAGCAACCUGGCCGAAAACCUUGCAUCGAUGGUCGAUCAACAGCCUCCGGAUUUGUCAACGGAUGAUUGCUCGGCAGAUUCUCAGACAGCCAUGUCUUGUCUGGAAACAAUGAACCUAUUUGCAGGCAUGGAUGAUGUGUCUUGGAUGUAUUUGGACGCCGAAAAUCCGGUCAGCUUCGAUAGCUUUCCCGCGGAAUUCGACGAGUCGUACAGUGUCUGGUAG